UACUCAUCUGAGAAAAAGAGAACGAAGUAUUGUUCCUGUUCUCUUUCUUAAGUCAUUCGAAACACUGUCCCUGCGAGUUCUUUAAGUUCCCUGCACUCUGCACACGAGAAAAAGAGGGAGAGAGAGGGAGAGGCACAGAGAGAGCAGGGGACCAGGUAAAGCCCGGGGGCUGCUGCAGCCACUCAGACUCAGGAGCUGGCCUCACUUAAACCUUAUUCUCUGAUGGCGACGGGUCGUAAGUGGGAGAAUGAGAUAACCAGACGAGCACCACCACCCUCAAUGGCAGCAUUUAUGGAGGAGUCCCUAUCACGUUUGGGGCCUGCCGAGAGCUCUACAGACAUCCUUCCACUUAAUCCUCCCAUUCUAAGAAGAACAUUGCCAAGGAUGCAGAAGGAAAUGAAGAUGAUCAAAGAUGAGGAUGCGCAUUUCAAUCUGGGUGUGAAGAGGCCCCCCUCUUUCCCCCACUGCCUGCAGCCAGUGGUUUCCCGGGGCAAAGCUCCCCAAAGACACCCCUUCCCAGAAGCUCUCAGGGGGCCUUUCUCCCAGUUCCGGUACGAACCUCCUCUCGGAGACCUGGAUGGCUUCCCGGGGGUCUUUGAAGGAGGAGGGUCCCGGAAACGCAAGAGCGUGCCCACCAAGAUGCCCUACACCCACCCCUCUGAGGAAGCCGCCCUGGGCCUCCACUCCGAGGAGAGCAAACUCCACGGCCACCCGAACUUCCCUCUGCUGUUCCCGCAGCCCCCGCGCCCCAAAUACGACUCGCAGAUGAUCGACCUGUGCAACGUGGGCUUCCAGUUCUACCGCAGCCUGGAGCCCCCGGGCGGCAAGCGCGUCAAGCAGGAGCCGGUGAAGCCCAGCGCCGUGUGGCCCCAGCCCGCGCCCGCGCCCUUCCUGCCCACGCCCUACCCCUACUACCCCAAGGUGCCCCCGGGCCUCCUGUUCCCCUUCUUCGUGCCCACAGCCUCCCCGUUCCCCUUCAGCCGGCACGCCUUCCUGCCCAAGCAGCCCCCCGACCCGCUGCUGCCCCGCAAGGCGGAGCCCCCGGAGGGCGAGGAGGCCAAGCAGAAGGUGGAGCGGAUGGACGUGAACGUGCAGAUCGACGACAGCUACUACGUGGACGUGGGCGGGGCGCAGAAGCGCUGGCAGUGCCCCACCUGCGAGAAGUCCUACACGUCCAAGUACAACCUGGUCACGCACAUCCUGGGCCACAGCGGGAUCAAGCCGCACGCGUGCACCCGCUGCGGGAAGCUCUUCAAGCAGCUCAGCCACCUGCACACGCACAUGCUCACGCACCAGGGCACGCGGCCCCACAAGUGCCAGGUGUGCCACAAGGCCUUCACCCAGACCAGCCACCUGAAGCGCCACAUGAUGCAGCACAGCGAGGUGAAGCCGCACAACUGCCGCGUGUGCGGCCGGGGCUUCGCCUACCCCAGCGAGCUCAAGGCCCACGAGGCCAAGCACGCCAACGGGCGCGAGAACAUCUGCGUGGAGUGCGGCCUCGACUUCCCCACCCUGGCGCAGCUGAAGCGGCACCUCACCACGCACCGCGGGCCCAUCCAGUACAACUGCUCCGAGUGCGACAAGACCUUCCAGUACCCGAGCCAGCUGCAGAACCACAUGAUGAAGCACAAGGACAUCCGGCCCUACAUCUGCUCCGAGUGCGGCAUGGAGUUCGUGCAGCCCCACCACCUGAAGCAGCACUCGCUCACCCACAAGGGUGUGAAGGAGCACAAGUGUGGGAUUUGCGGGCGGGAGUUCACCCUGUUGGCCAACAUGAAGAGACACGUGCUGAUCCACACCAACAUCCGCGCCUACCAGUGUCACCUCUGUUACAAGAGUUUUGUGCAGAAACAGACCCUCAAGGCACACAUGAUCGUCCACUCUGACGUGAAGCCUUUCAAGUGCAAGCUGUGCGGGAAGGAGUUCAACCGGAUGCACAACCUGAUGGGCCACAUGCACCUGCACUCUGACAGCAAACCCUUCAAGUGCCUCUACUGCCCCAGCAAAUUCACCCUGAAGGGGAACCUGACGCGCCACAUGAAAGUCAAGCACGGUGUCAUGGAGCGGGGCCUCCAUUCUCAAGGUUUUAGAAGGGGGAGACUCGCCCUGGCGCAGGCGGGGGUCCUGAGGAGUCUGGAGCAGGAGGAGCCCUUCGACCUGUCCCAGAAGCGCCGGGCCUUCCAGUCUGACGGGGAGAGCGCCAGGGGCAGCUCCUGCCACGAAGAGGAGGAUGAGGACCACUGCUGCGAGGUGGAGCGGGACAGCCCAGGCCCGGCCCCGCGGAGCAGGCAGCGCUGCGUGCCCCAGGAUCUCUCCACCAAGCCCGAGCCGGCCCCCCGGGCGCCCCAGGAAGCCUUCGAGGAAGAAGAGAAGGAGGAGGAGGAGGAGGAGGAGGAGGAGGAGGAGGAGGAGGAGGAGGAGGAGGCCGUGCAGAAGGAAGGACGCCAGGAGAAGAGCAAGGACAGCCAUGGGGCAGAGGGCGGCCAGGAGAGAGAUGGGGCCUGCAGAGAGGAGUGUCCCAGCCUCAGGGCGCUGCAGAGCGCGCGGCGGGGGGCCUCCUUUUCUGAUUACUUGUACUUCAAGCACAGAGAUGAGACUUUAAAAGAAUUACUGGAGAGGAAAAUGGAAAAACAAGCAGUGCUUUUAGGUAUCUAAGUGGAGAGUUUUAGAAUUACACUUGGAAAAUGAGACGCAGGCAGUUCAAAUAUAGCUUUCUGCAUGAGCUGUCAUUCGCUGGCGACUGGCGACUGGCGACUGGCUCGCAUCUUCACAGAUGGCUCAGACUCCGUGAGCAGGGGCGUCCUCAGCCAGGGAAAUGCUUCUCGGGUCAUUCCCGGCCCUUGAUUUUUAACGUCUCUCCGGUGUUAUUUCUGCCUCUCCAAUGCGAGACGCUGUGCACAUUCUUCUAGGCAUCUGAUUGUAGGCCGAUGCUGAGGUGCUUACAGAAAUCCUACUUUUCUUUGACUACUAUACAAUACAAGGUAAAUUUCUUUCAAGUGGCAAAACUAUGGUGCUUGACAUGAUUCCUAAUUAAUGACUGUUUAGUUGAAUGUGUGAAAGUUACAAUAUUUUUUCAGAUAGAUGAAAAUAUGAGUAGUUGUAUAUAUAAAAGUUGCCUUUAUUCAAAAACAAACGAACAAAAAAAACAAAAAUACCAGAAAUGACACAGGAGUUAUUGAAAAGGAGAGUUCUCAUAUAGUCAUUGCAGAAAUAAGACAAAGUUUCAAGAGAAAAUGAAUAAUUUUGACUAAGGAAAGCCCAGCCAUGCUUAGGUUCCUGCCUGGGUCCUCCUUGCUGGGCUCCAGCCCCCUUCAUUGGUGCGGCCUUAGGAGUGGAUUUGCAGAUGACGCCCAGUGCUUGCGCCUGUGUCCUGACUGGAGCUCCUUCCUGGAGCCCUUGCUAAAGCAGCUGCAAGAGGAUUGUCACCCUGUGAGCAGCCGGCUUCUCCUAGGGGCUAGAGCAGGGGCAGUAGGGGAAGGCUUCUCGGUGAAACCCAAGGUCUGACUUGUUUGGAGAAUUAGAAUAACCAGCAGCUAAUCACCAGUAGGGGAGAGGCUGGGCUGUGUUCUCAAUGCGCCUGCACAUUAGAAUCAGCUCGGGGAGCCCUUUUAACAAAACCUCAUGUGGGUCCUCAGCCUCUGAGACUCUGAUUGAAUUGGCCUGAGUGGAGCCCCUGCUUCGGUUAUUUUCUAAAUUGCCCCAUGAUUCUUCCGUGCAGCCAGGGUUGAGAAACACUGACUGGGCUAAAAUAGUGACUCCCAGGACCCCCUCCCAGGGGCUCCAUAAAUAUUUCUGUGUCUGGCUUCAGACUCAUUAGGAGAGAGCGAGAGAGCAGGAGACCUCGAAAUCAUACUGCUGACUUGGGCUUUUCACCUGUUCAGUAAGGGACACACACAGUAUGAACACAUACUGUCUAUAUUUCAAGAUGAUGCCUGAGAUGUUUAUGGUAACUUAAUAUGUUUUAAAGUACAUAGCCAGCUUAUAGUGACUAAUCACAUCUUCCUAGAUGCUUGAAUUGUGAUUCCGUGACUGCAGGUGAUUAGAAUGGGUGGCUGAGCCCGUAGGUAGGUUUCCCUUAGGCAUGGUCACCGAGUAACGCAGUGCAGACAGGAUGUCACUUACGUGUAACUGACCAUACGCAGGAACCCGCUGGUACUGUGUCUGUGUUUAUGUAAAAACUGCCUCUAGGUUGGUAGUUUCAACUCUUAUUUGUAGAGCUAGGUACUGUUUAUUAUUUUGCUUCCUCUCCUCUCAAAGUUCCCGAUACAUUUCCUUAGAAGACCUGGCCCAUCUCUGACUGCUGGGUGCUAGCUUUUCCUCUUGGCCACGGUGCUUCCCCAUCAGCCUCAUCCCGUUCUCAUCACUUACCCGGGUGCUUUGUCAAUUCCUGAUGCAUUUCUCCUGCCACUGUGCCUAAAGCUCCUCCCUUCAGCCCCACCACCACCCAGAGUCAAAGCUGCUUAGGUUUCCUGCUGCCACCCAUGUCCUUAGGUCAGAGCACCUGCAAAGGGAUGCUGACGGAUGAUGUGGUUUCUGCAGUGACAAACACAACUCUGUCCCAAGAAUCUGUCCCAAGUCCUCAGGGGCAACUUGCUUUCCACUCAUUAUUAAUAUGGCUCAUUGAUGCCCUGAUGAACUCACCCAGGAGGCGGACCAUGAGGUCUGUGAGGUCCCCGGCUCUUAGGGUCCCGGUCCAUACUUACUCUUUCAGCAGUUGUGUGUGGAGGAGCUACUAUGAGGGCUGCAGACUUCCAGUUUGUUCUGGGUCUGGCUAGCUGGAAAAGGAACCAGGGAAUCUAGAAUAGCAAGCUCUAGUCCUCUCUGACCAAAAUGGGUCAUGUGGGAAUGUUUGAGGAACAAGGGAAUGUUGAGAUGGAGAGAGUUAGGUCCAGGAGAGUGGUUUUCACAUGGUCUAUUGAGGAGCCCCUCCAGGGCUGCUAGGGAGAAGAGGCUCUCAGCCCUCAGGCCCAUGUCACUCAGAGUGGCUCAGAUUUCAUCUGUUGUAUACGUUAGACUUCUCAGUAAAAUUUCAUUUGAAGGGAGAAAGAGGUCUAAGGAAAGUAAUAUAAAGUUGUAGUGGAGCGUAUUCUAAAGCCUGUGUAUAGUUCUUGACUCUGAGUAUAGAUAUUUAAUUAGAUCUAACCCCAUGGUUAGUAUACAAUGGCCUUCUGAGAACCAAGGUUAAAAUGUUGGUUUUGUAUGUUUUUGAGUGACCAGCACCUGGUUUGCCUCAGACAACCCUGGUUUAUACCUGUUGUUCCAGGGUAAUUACCAGUAGUGUGGCCUAAACUCUGAACAUUGCCCCAGUUUGGGUAAUAAAUUCCAGGGACACCAAUGCCUAGUGCAGAGCUCAGGAGAGAGUUAGCCAACCCUGCCUAACGGAGCUAAUUAAUCAGAAUGAAAACCCGGAGGAGAGCCUCAGAGUCCAUCCUCAGAGAACCUCAGGGAUGAAAUCACCCAGGGUGACCAGCACUCCAGGGCCAGGACAGCACGACAUUCGUCACAUUGUGGCACUCUGAAAAUAGGUCACUGCCAGAUGCUUUCCAGGCUUUUGACCACUGUCACUCUGAACCAAACAACUGACCAGCCAAGUGGCAUAUUUCUCUUUAUCCUUUCCAUUCAGGCCUAUCACUACCUCCUCUUAUUGCCUUUUAAAUCUUUUAUUCUUUCUUUUUAAAAAAAUUUGACUCCCCACUGGCCAUGAGACUGAGGCUGACCUUUCAUAACCCCGCAAGGAUAGCUGGUAUAUUUGCAUUUGAGUAGCUACAUGAGAAAGCCCAAUGUGCAUACUGUAUUUAUUAAGCCCCGAGGCAUCUAAUAAAAUAUUAACAUCGUGUUUUGAAUCGUGAUCUUUGUCUGCUUUGCUGGAACAAAAUGUAACGGAGCUAACAUUUAAAAUCCUUCACAUAUUUGGACAACAUUACGCCAAAUGUUGAUUUUGUACAGAAUUCUGGCUUGCUAUUUAAAAAUGAAAACUCCAAGUAUGUAGUAGCAUCAGGUUGUGAAUAUUGCUUUCUGCUUCAGUAAAAAAGCAGUUUACCUGAAAAGAGCAUGUAGCCUAUAUUUUGUUAAUUUAAGCAAAUAAAGACAUGU